AUGUUUCAACGAAAGACUUUGCAGAGACGGAACUUGAAAGGGCUCAAUCUCAACCUGCACCCAGAUGUAGGCAGCAACGGCGAAUUGCAAGAAAAGACAGAGACUCAUCAAGGACAAUCUCGAAUAGAAGGCCACGUGAUGUCUGGCAUUAAUGCAGUACAAAAUAACAGUAAUCUGUUUUUAAGGAGAGGUAUAAAAAAGAAACUGACGUUGGAUGCAUUUGCGGACGAACAAGCCACAUCGAAGCCAAGCACCGUUGUAAUACAGCAACCUCAGAAUGAACCUGUAUUGGUUCUGUCGUCUCUAUCGCAAUCUCCAUGUGUAUCAUCAUCAUCAUCUUUGUCUACACCAUGCAUUAUAGAUGCCUACAGUAAUAAUUUUGGACUAUCGCCAUCAUCCACGAAUUCUACUCCCUCUACGAUCCAGGGGUUGUCCAAUAUUGCAACACCUGUUGAAAAUGAACAUUCGAUAUCACUGCCACCUUUGCAGGAAAGCCUAUCGCCGGCCGCAGUGGAUUUGAAAGAUACGUUAUCGGGAACCUCAAACGGUAAUUAUAUACAACUUCAGGACUUGGUUCAACUCGGGAAAAUUGGUGCUGGAAACUCUGGAACUGUGGUGAAGGCAUUACAUGUUCCUGACUCCAAAAUAGUUGCCAAAAAAACCAUUCCUGUGGAACAGAACAACAGCACAAUCAUCAAUCAAUUAGUUAGGGAAUUAUCUAUCGUCAAAAACGUCAAGCCCCAUGAAAACAUCAUCACCUUUUAUGGAGCAUAUUAUAACCAGCAUAUAAAUAAUGAAAUCAUAAUUUUAAUGGAGUAUUCUGAUUGUGGUUCUUUAGAUAAAAUACUGUCCGUUUAUAAAAGGUUUGUUCAGAGAGGAGCUGUUUCGAGCAAGAAAACUUGGUUCAAUGAAUUAACAAUAUCGAAAAUAGCAUAUGGUGUACUCAAUGGGUUGGAUCAUUUGUACCGACAGUAUAAAAUCAUUCAUCGCGAUAUUAAGCCUUCCAAUGUUUUGAUUAAUAGCAAGGGGCAGAUUAAGUUAUGUGAUUUUGGAGUUUCCAAAAAACUAAUAAAUUCUAUCGCUGAUACAUUCGUUGGGACAUCCACUUACAUGUCACCAGAGAGAAUACAAGGGAAUGUUUAUUCUAUCAAAGGAGAUGUUUGGUCGUUGGGGUUAAUGAUUAUCGAGCUCGUAACUGGAGAGUUCCCCCUUGGUGGGCAUAACGAUACACCCGAUGGCAUAUUGGAUUUGCUGCAACGUAUAGUCAAUGAGCCUUCACCAAGAUUACCCAAGGAUCGUAUUUUUUCCAAAGAAAUGACGGAUUUUGUCAACAGGUGUUGUGUUAAGAAUGAAAGAGAAAGGUCGUCGAUUAAUGAACUGCUACACCAUGACCUCAUAAUGAAAUAUGUAUCGCCGUCUAAAGAUGAUAAAUUUAGACAUUGGUGUAAAAAAAUAAAAUCUAAGAUAAAGGAAGAUAAGAGAAUUAAAAGAGAAGCCUUGGACCGUGCCAAGCUAGAAAAGAAACAAUCUGAAAGAUCAACCCAUUGA